UUCUCCCUCCUCAGACGGCCCGGUCCCGCGCGCCCCGCCGCCGCGCGCCGAGGAUCAUGAGGCGGUAACAGGCCCCCGGAUGAGCCCGCGUCACCACUGUGAGGCCUACAGCUCUGCCGGGGAGGAGGAGGAGGAGGAAGAGGAGGAGAAGGUAGCUACAUCAAGCUGGGUGGCAGGCAGAUCCAAAGGGAUAUCAUGAAGUUUCCGGGACCUUUGGAAAACCAGAGAUUGUCUUCCCUGUUGGAAAGGGCAAUCUCCAGGGAAGCCCAGAUGUGGAAGGUGAAUGUGCCGAAAACACCUACAAAUCAGAAUGUUUCUCCAUCCCAGAGAGAUGAAGUAAUUCAAUGGUUGGCCAAACUCAAAUACCAGUUCAACCUUUAUCCAGAAACAUUUGCUCUGGCAAGCAGUCUUUUGGAUAGGUUUUUAGCUACAGUAAAAGCCCAUCCAAAAUAUUUGAAUUGUAUUGCAAUCAGCUGUUUUUUUCUGGCUGCUAAGACUGUUGAGGAAGAUGAGAAAAUUCCAGUGUUAAAGAUAUUGGCAAGAGACAGUUUUUGUGGAUGUUCCUCAUCUGAGAUUUUGAGAAUGGAGAGAAUUAUUCUGGAUAAAUUGAAUUGGGAUCUUCACACGGCCACACCAUUGGAUUUUCUUCACAUUUUCCAUGCCAUUGCAGUGUCAACUAGGCCUCAGUUACUUUUCAGUUUGCCCAAAUUGAGCCCGUCUCAACAUUUGGCAGUCCUGACCAAGCAGCUACUUCACUGUAUGGCCUGCAACCAACUUCUGCAGUUCAAAGGAUCCAUGCUUGCUCUGGCCAUGGUUAGUCUGGAAAUGGAGAAACUCAUUCCCGAUUGGCUUCCUCUUACGAUUGAACUGCUUCAGAAAGCACAGAUGGACAGCUCCCAGUUGAUCCACUGUCGGGAGCUGGUGGCGUAUCACCUUUCUGCUCUGCAGUCUUCCCUGCCUCUAAAUUCCGUCUAUGUCUACCGUCCCCUCAAGCACACCCUGGUGACUUGUGACAGAGGAGCGUUCAAAUUACAUCCCUCCUCUGUCUCAGGCCCAGAUUUUUCCAAGGAC